CGUAAAAACCCCGCCCUGUGUCGUAAAACAGAGAAAAGAGGGAGCUUCCGAUCGUAAAGCCGCGGGAGUGAGAUUUCACGUGGGUCUGGGAAGAAAGGGCAACAUGGGGAAGAGGAAAGGUCGACAACAACGCCAGCAGCUGAUCAGCAAUUUGAGUAAGAAGCAAAAGAAGCAUCUCAAGGAUUUCGGGGAGGAGCAUCCUUUCUAUGACCGGGUUUCUGCGAAAGAGGAACCAACUCAGAUUUGUAAACUGUCUGACAAUUCUGAACCGUCUGGCUCAGAAAGUGAUGCAGAGAGUGAUUCAGAACAGGUCUCUGUGUAUCACAAGUUACUGGCCACAUUAAAAGCUGCUCCAUGUUCAGACAAUGAGGAAGAAGAUGAGGAUAACUCUGAAGAAGGAAGUGUUGAGGAUCCAAUAGAAAUUGACACUGAAGAGUUCCAUAAUGAGGAAGAAACAGGGGAUGAAGAUAGUGAUGGAGAUGUUUCUGACCAAGAAUCAGAUAAAGAUGCAGCAGUGCAGAAACCUAGUCAGGAAGAACCUGGAGGUGCAGAUAUUUCUAGUAACCUAAAAGAUGAAGAAUUCACAGAUGAAAAACAUGAAUCUGAGUUUAGCCUGGAAACUAAUUUUAUAGAAGAAGAGAGCGUAGACCAGAAAGAAGGCUGUUCUUCUACAGAAGCUGCAAAAGAUCCUUUUAAACAUCACAUGGAUGAAGAACUAAACAAAAAAGAUGUAGAUAAAAUUCUGGCAUGUUCCAAAUCUACCAGCCAGGCCAAGUGGCCAGUGCUGGGUCAGUUAAUGUUUUCUUGCACCUUGGAGAAGUUUGGAAUUAUUAAGCCUGUUAAAGAAGUCAGUGUGAAACACCUUCAUUUGCACAGGCUUUUAGAAACCACCUGGUCAAAAGUGAACAGCCCGUUCCUUUCCAAACAACCUAAAUUAGAAAAUGAGCCAUUUACCCCACUGCAAAAGGAACUCUUCUGCAUUAUGAAUUCAUACAAGGACUUGUUCUACCCAGAGAGGACUGCUUUAAGGAAUGGUGAAGAAAUUCGUCGUGUUUAUUGUUUGCAUGCCAUGAACCACAUCCUGAAGGCAAAUGCUCAGGUGCUCAGCAACAAUGCCAAACGAAGGGACCAAAAACAGGGUGUUGAGGAUGAUGGAUUCAGGGACCAGGGACUCACAAGACCAAAGGUGCUGAUAGUGGUGCCCUUCCGUGAGUCUGCUUUAUGUGUGGUGCAAGUUUUCAUCAGCCUCCUUGAAUCUGCAAGUAAAAAGAAAAUCGAUGUGAGUAACAAAAAGCGAUUUAAGGGGGAGUUUGGUUCAGCUCCAGAUGAGAAACCUCCAAAUCUGAAAAGGCCAGAAGACUAUGAAGCUGUUUUUGCUGGAAACAUUGAUGACCACUUCAGGAUAGGUGUUGCAGUUCUUCAGAAGAGUAUGCGACUGUAUGCACCAUUUUAUUCAUCUGAUGUCAUCAUUGCCUCUCCCCUUGGCCUAAGGACUGUUAUUGGAGCUGAGGGGGAAAAGAAGAGAGACUAUGAUUUCCUUUCGUCAAUAGAAAUGCUUAUAAUCGAUGAAGCUGACAUUUGUCUGAUGCAAAAUUGGGAGCAUGUUUUGCACCUUCUGGCUCACAUUAACCUGUUGCCUUUGGAAUCUCAUGGGGUGGAUUUCUCAAGGGUGAGAAUGUUCAGUCUGAAUAACUGGUCCAAGUAUUAUCGGCAGACGCUGCUGUUUGGAGCCCUUCAGGAUCCACAGAUCAACUCUAUCUUCAAUAAGCACUGCUGGAAUUACCGGGGACAGGUAGCAGUAAGGAAUGUACCCUUGGUUGGUUCCAUCAGUCAUGUUGUCGUGCAGCUUCCUCAUGUUUUUCGGAAACUAGAAGCUGAAAAUUCUGUUUCCAUAAUCGAUGCAAGGUUUCAUUUUUUCAUUGACAAAGUUUUGCCUGAGUAUCGAGAUGCAGUUAUGUCGCAUACCCUCAUUUACAUCCCAUCGUAUUUUGACUAUGUACGUCUUCGGAAUUACUUCAAAAAAGAGGAUUUGAGUUGUAUGCACAUUUGUGAAUACACAAGUAAAUCAGGCAUUUCCAAAGCAAGGCACUUCUUCUUAAAGGGAGAAAAGCAGUUUCUGAUUUUCACAGAACGCUUCCACUUUUAUAAAAGGUACACAAUUAAAGGCAUCAGAAACCUUAUUUUUUAUGAACUUCCAACCUAUCCACAUUUCUAUAGUGAGGUCUGCAAUAUGAUGAAACUGGCAGAUGGUAGGGAAGAAGCAACAUUGACCUGUACUGUGCUUUAUUCAAAAUAUGAUGCCCAGAAGCUGGCUGCUGUGGUGGGUGUUGAGCGGGCUGCUCAGAUGCUCCAGUCUUCCAAAAAUGUGCACCUUUUUGUCACUGGAGAAACAGAGUGAAGCAAGUGAGGGACUCCUGUGAUGGCAGUGCCUAAUAUUUUUGGACUUGUAUUUUUUCUGUUACAAAUUUUAGGAGAUAAAAGUUAUUAGGAUGUAAUACCUUUGUUUUAAAAAGGCUCAUUUUGUAAGAAUGAACAUUAAAAAAAUUGCAGAAUAAAUUGAUAUUUCCUUUUCAUGUUA